UUGUCUUUACCACUGAGCCCAUGCUCCCUCAGUCAGGACUGUCUUCCACUGCUGAAAACGCAAGAAAAGCCGGAGGGCAAAUAACUGCUUCCUUCCACAGAUCUGUCGCCAUGAAGGUCAUUUCCUCAGUUGCCCUCCUUGUUCUAGCCAGCUCAAUGUGGACUUCCUUUGCAGUUGAUUUCUUCCUUCCUAUGAGCUUUCACAUGACCGAGGAGCUUCUACAAAAGACCAAGGCCUUGUGCAUCAAGAACAUACAGAUGUGCUGGAUACUAACCUACUUCAAGGUCAGUGAGCCUAUUUGUGGCAGUAACCAAGUGACCUACGGGGGCGAGUGCCAUCUCUGCUCCGGAAUUCUAUAUGAAGACAGAACUGUAAUUAAAGUGCACGAUGGGCCAUGUGAACACUCCUCGGAUGAGUCUGAACACUGAUAAAAGUUACUGAGUUCUCAGAGAGUCACGUGGAGCAUGACUUCAAAGAUAUCCAAUUUGGGAGACAGGGUCUGGAGCUCAGUAGUAGAGAACACUAGUGUGUACGAAGUCUUAGGGAGUGUUAAACAAGAACAGCUCCUUGAGAAGGACAUCUUGGUAGUAGAAGAUACUUGGAUUAAAUUCAUUGAUUUGUUUCUUCAAUAAAUGAAUCUCAGCAUAAA